AUGGAUUCGGUCGCGCUGAUGCCGCUCUUGCUGCUGCUGCUGCUGCAGCCUCCGCCCGCCACCCCCGCGCCACCUGUCCGCGACCCCUUCGCCCUGCAGCUUGGGGACACGCAGAACUGCCAGCUGCGGUGCCGAGACCGCUACCCUAAACCUCAGCCUGCUCAGGAGGAGCUGGGGGAGGAUCCCGUUCAAUCCAGGAGAGCGAAGGCGUAUGACAGGGCCGUCCUGACCAGCGCUUGCGAGCGAGGCUGCCGCCUCUUCUCCAUCUGCCGAUUCGUGGCCAGGAGCUCCAAGCCCAAUGCCACCCAGGCUGAGUGUGAAGCAGCCUGUGUGGAGGCCUAUGUGAAGGAGACAGAGCAGCAGGCUUGCAGCGAGGGCUGCUGGAGUCAGAACCCAGAGCCGGAGCCUGAGCCUGAGCUGGAGCAGAAGAGAAAGGUCCUGGAAGCUCCGAGCGGAGCCCUCUCGCUCCUGGACUUGUUUUCCACCGUCUGCAAUGACCUUGUCAGCUCGGCCCAGGGCUUCGUCUCCUCCACCUGGACAUACUACCUGCAGACUGACAAUGGGAAGGUGGUGGUGUUCCAGACCCAGCCUGUGGUAGAGAGCCUGGGGCAUGAGGGAGCCCGUCUGCAGCGAGUGGAGGUGACCUGGCGGGGAUCCCACCCUGAGGCUUUGGAGGUGCAUGUUGACCCUGUGGGCCCCUUGGACAAGGUAAGGAAGGCCAAGAUUCGAGUCAAGACCAGCAGCAAGGCAAAGGUGGAGUCCGAUGAGCUGCAGGACAAUGACUUCCUCAGCUGCAUGUCCCGGCGCUCGGGGCUUCCUCGCUGGAUCCUGGCCUGCUGCCUCUUCCUCUCUGUGCUGGUGAUGCUGUGGCUGAGCUGCUCCACCCUGGUGACCGCGCCCGGCCAGCACCUCAAGUUCCAGCCCCUGACUCUGGAGCAGCACAAGGGUUAUAUGGUGGAGCCAGAGUGGUCCCUGUACCCUCCCCCGUCCCACGCCUAUGCAGACAGCCCCCCGCCCUACAAGCUGAAACUGGACCUGACCAAGCUGUAG